AUGGCGACUGCAGGCUAUCUCUUCAACGAGAAGCCCCCGGCUGGGCUUCUCGUCGCGCAAGCCGUUGGCAUCACGGCCAGCACGUACCUCUUCGGCGGAAACAUGGGCAUCUCCUUCAUCAGCAUACCCGCAGUGAUGCUAGCUCCAGCCCCUCUCGCAGCACGCCAGUGGCGCAAAGUCUACGAUACUGGGAAAUCCAUCGGCAUUCCGCUCUCCCUCAUCAGCUCUGCCGCCGUAGCAUACGUCGCCUACCACCAGGACCCCUCAUCGUUGCCGUUCAAGCUCAAUAUCGCAGCGGCCAUCCUCUUCCCCAGCAUCGUCCCAUUCACCCUGGCCUUCCUCAAGCCAACCAAUGACAAGCUUUUCGAGAAGGAGACAAGCCUUGCUGGUACCUCGCUGGACGAUAAGGCCGCGGAGGCGGGGGUCACGAGCGGCGAGACGACACAUGCGUUGAUUGAUAAGUGGGCGAUGCUGAAUCUAGCCCGGGCGGCUAUCACUGGUGUUGGUGCGAUAUUCGCCAUAUGGGCUGCUCUUGAUAAGAGGGAAACUGGUGGUUACAACAGCGUCGGCUUGACGUCGGGAGCGAAUAGGAUGGGCUGA